UAUUUCUUUGAUUGCGAAUUAGAACCUUUCAACAGAUGUUCAGGAGUUUGGAUGGAUGAUGUUUGAUUUCUGCCAUCUUUGUCAUGAUCAAAAUAUUUCAAGUUGUGCUACAUUGUGACAUGUAGGGUUUCUUUUUCUGGAAUCCUUUCUUGAUGGAUGGGAUUACUGUGCCACAGGGACUUCAAUGUUUUCUGCAUCCUGAAACAUCAACUGCUAGUUUUUUUCAGGAAAAUCCAUGUUAAUUUUGUUAUAUAGGAGCUGAAAUCUUGAAAGAUGCCACGGGCAAGGAGGAUAAGAGCAAAGCUCCGAUGGAGCAACCUCUACACUUUCUCUUGCUUCCACCCGACAGUCGUAGACUCAGAAGGAGGGCAUCCCCUUCAAGGCCCUGGGUUUUCUCGGGUUGUCUACUGCAACCAACCCCUUGUCCAUCGAAGGAAGCCCCUGAAAUACGCCUCAAAUUACAUAUCGACCACCAAAUACAAUGCCAUCACGUUUGUGCCCAAGGCGAUCUUUGAGCAGUUCCGACGGGUUGCCAAUCUGUAUUUCCUGUUGGCUGCGAUCUUGUCGCUUACACCCAUUGCCCCCUUCUCUGCUGUGAGCAUGAUCACCCCUUUGGCCUUUGUUGUCGGGCUGAGCAUGGCAAAGGAAGCUUUGGAAGACUCGCGUAGGUUUAUCCAGGAUAUGGAGGUCAAUAGUCGAAAGGUUAGCACCCAUAAAGGGAAUGGGGAGUUUGGUCCCAGGCAAUGGCAAAAGCUUUGUGUUGGAGAUGUGGUGAAAGUUGAGAAGGAUCAGUUCUUUCCUGCAGACUUGCUUUUGUUGUCUUCAAGCUAUGAAGAUGGGAUCUGCUAUGUGGAGACAAUGAAUUUGGAUGGUGAAACAAACUUGAAAGUUAAGAGAUCUUUGGAGGUUACCCUGCCCUUGGAGGAUGAUGAGGCUUUUAAGGAUUUCACGGGGACAAUCAGAUGCGAAGAUCCCAACCCUAGCCUAUACACUUUUGUGGGUAAUUUCGAGUAUGAUCGGCAGAUUUAUGUUCUAGAUCCUAGUCAGGUUCUCCUCAGAGAUUCAAAGCUCAGGAAUACUGCUUAUGUAUAUGGAGCAGUGAUUUUUACUGGUCACGACAGCAAAGUUAUGCAAAAUGCAACGAAAUCCCCUUCUAAGAGGAGUAGAAUUGAAAAGAAAAUGGACUACAUCAUAUAUAUCCUUUUCACCCUCCUCAUUUUGAUAUCACUGAUUAGCUCAAUUGGUUUUGCUGUGAACACAAAGUUCGGUAUGCCCAACUGGUGGUACUUGCAACCACAUAACACUUCGAAUUUAUAUGAUCCCUCAAAGCCUGUCUUGUCAGGGUUUUCCCAUCUAGUCACAGCUCUUAUCCUCUAUGGAUAUUUAAUACCAAUCUCACUCUAUGUCUCGAUAGAGGUUGUCAAGGUCUUGCAAGCAAUGUUCAUUAAUCAAGACAUUCAAAUGUAUGAUGAGGAAACAGGAAAAACUGCACAAGCGCGGACCUCUAAUUUGAAUGAGGAGCUUGGUCAGGUUGAUACAAUUCUAUCUGACAAAACAGGCACUUUGACGUGCAACCAAAUGGAUUUUCUAAAGUGUUCUAUUGCUGGUAUUUCAUAUGGCGUGCGUGCUAGUGAAGUUGAAAUUGCUGCUGCAAAGUUGAUGGAAAUGGACCUUUCUGGGCAAAAGAUGGAAAUUCCUAACAGUGAUCUUGGUUUUUGGGGAGAAAAUAGAAAUGAUAUCACUGUGUCCGAAAUAGUACUGGAAUCUGGAGGUGAUCCUAAGAUCGAAAAGAUACACAAGUCUCCGAUAAAAGGGUUCAGCUUUGAAGACAACCGCCUCAUGGAUGGGAAUUGGUCAAAAGAGUCCGAUCCAGAUGUGAUUUUAUUAUUCUUUCGGAUAUUGGCAGUCUGUCACACAGCAAUUCCUGAGCUAAAUGAGGAAAGCGGGAUUUUCAACUAUGAAGUAGAAUCACCAGAUGAAGGAGCUUUUCUUGUUGCAGCCAGAGAAUUUGGGUUUGAAUUCUGCAGAAGAACACAAUCAAGUGUAGUUGUCCGUGAAAGAAACCCUUAUGGACAGCCAAUUGAAAGGGAGUUCAAAGUUCUCAAUCUUUUGGAGUUCAAUAGCAAAAGGAAGCGGAUGUCCGUAAUUGUGCAGGAUGUGGAUGGGCAGAUUCUUCUUCUCUGCAAAGGUGCAGACAGCAUCAUACUUGAUCGGCUAUCAAAAAAUGGAAGAGAAUAUGAACUGGAUACUGUUAGGCAUCUGAAUGAAUAUGGAGAUGCAGGCUUGCGAACGUUGAUGCUUGCUUACAAGAAACUUGAAGAGUCAGAGUAUUAUACUUGGAACUGUGAGUUUGUCAAAGCGAAGACAACUAUGGGGCCAGAGAGAGAGGAACUUCUUGAACGGGUUGCGGAUUUGAUGGAAAAGGAUCUGAUUCUUGUGGGUGCAACUGCUGUGGAGGACAAACUGCAGAAGGGGGUUCCUCAGUGUAUAGAUAAACUAGCACAAGCCGGUCUCAAGAUCUGGGUGCUGACAGGUGAUAAGAUGGAAACUGCUAUCAACAUUGGAUUUUCAUGCAGUCUACUUCGGCAAGGCAUGAAGCAGAUCCUGAUAACAUCAGCUAAUGCAGAUGCCGAAAAGACUAUGAAAGAGAAUAUUUUGAUGCAAAUCACUGAUGCCUCACAAAUGAUCAAGCUGGAAAAGGAUCCUCAUGCUGCCUUCGCUCUAAUUAUCGAUGGGAAAACUCUAACUUAUGCUUUAGAGGACGAUCUGAAGCUUCAGUUUUUGGGUCUGGCAGUUGAUUGUGCAUCUGUCAUAUGCUGCCGGGUCUCUCCAAAGCAGAAAGCCCUGGUUACUAGAUUGGUAAAAGAAGGAACUGGAAAAACCACUUUAGCAAUCGGUGACGGCGCAAAUGAUGUUGGCAUGAUUCAAGAGGCUGACAUUGGUGUUGGUAUCAGCGGCGUUGAAGGCAUGCAGGCUGUGAUGGCUAGUGACUUCUCUAUUGCUCAGUUCCGGUUUCUGGAGCAACUUCUUGUUGUCCAUGGGCACUGGUGCUACAAGAGGAUUGCCCAGAUGAUAUGCUAUUUCUUCUAUAAGAAUAUAGCUUUUGGUCUCACGCUCUUCUACUUUGAGGCGUUCGCUGGGUUUUCAGGUCAGGCUGUCUACGAUGAUUGGUUCAUGCUGCUGUUCAACGUCAUUCUUACUUCAUUGCCUGUCAUAUCAUUGGGAGUUUUUGAGCAAGAUGUUUCUUCGGAAGUCUGCUUACAGUUUCCAGCACUAUACCAACAAGGACCAAGGAACUUGUUCUUUGACUGGUAUAGGAUAUGCGGUUGGAUGAUGAACGGUCUCUACUCGUCGCUUCUCAUAUUCUUCCUCAACAUCGGCAUCUUCUAUGACCAGGCAUUCCGUGCCGAGGGCCAGACCUCGGACAUGGCGGCUGUUGGUGCAACAAUGUUCACCUGCAUCAUCUGGACCGUCAACUGCCAGAUUGUGAUGACAAUGAGCCAUUUCACAUGGAUCCAGCACCUCUUCGUAUGGGGCAGCAUCUGCACUUGGUAUGUCUUCCUAUUCUUCUACAGCUUGUCCUCACCAAUCAUCUCGGGGGAUGCCUACCACAUCCUCACGGAAGUUCUCGCCCCUGCGCCCAUCUACUGGAUAGUCACGCUUCUGAUAACUGCAGUGUGCAACCUCCCCUACUUUGCCUUCCUCUCAUAUCAAAGAUCUGUCAACCCCUUGGACGACCACAUCAUCCAAGAGAUCAAGCACUUCAAGAAGGACGUCGAGGAUCAGCACAUGUGGACGAGGGAGUCGUCCAAGGCAAGGCAGAAGACCAUGAUAGGGUUCACAGCCCGGGUGGAAGACAAGAUCAGGCUGUUAAAAGGGAAGUUGCAGAAGAAGUACUCAUCUUUAGUUGUGCAAACAAUCUCAUAACAAUCCCUGUUUUUUUUUUCCUGGUUAGAGCUUCAUGGCCUUGUACUCUUUUUUUUUUUUUUUCCUUUUGCCCAUUCAUUUGUACUUUCCAGUUGGUUGCUUGGGGUUGCUACAGGUCCCAUUAUAUAGUUGUCUGUAUAUUUACGAGUUAUCACAGUUUCUGCUUAUGCAAGUAGAGUUGAUAUAUUCCACAGUUCUGUUUCUUGGUU